UGCCCCGCCCACGGCGAACCGGCGGCAGCGGCAGCGAACCUGCGGCAGCAGCGUUCGGUGCGGCCAUGGCGGGCGGCGGCUCCAUGGGGCGGCUCUGGCGGCUCUGCAACCUGCUCAUGGCCGCCUUCUUCGGGCUGGCGGGCGCCGUGCAGGUGAAUGACCCCGACGCCGGACUCUGGAUGGUUGUCUACUUUGUACCGGCUACCCUUACGCUCCUUGUUGGCCUUAACCCCUCAAUAACAGAUAAUCUUGUGUGGAGGACCCUCUGUGAUUUUCAUUCUGCUGGUUGUGUUGUUGGGACUAUUCUCUUGGCUUGUUCUUUGCUUGCUUACACUCGAACAAACCUCUUACACGAAGAGGAAGGCAGAGAGUUGUCUGGUCUGCUGAUUAUUACAAUAUGGAUGAUUCUUUGUCGCAGUUCAGCAAAGAAUCCACUGGGUGGAAUUCGUUUGAUCACUGCAAUCUUGGUCUCUUUCUUUCCCUUUAUCAUGUGGCUGUACAUUUACAUGAACAAAGAGAUGCGAGCAUCUUGGCCAACUCACUGUAAAACAGUGAUUUAAUCAGAUGGGAGAAUAUACACAAUAAAUAUUCUGAUCUUACUUGCCUCUGCUGUUCAAUUUUUAAUGCAAGGUCAGUAUCGGUAUGAUAGGACUCAAGAACGUCUGCCUGCUUGCCACAAUGCAGUUUUGAGAUUUGCUGGUGAGGACUGGAAGAAGAAUGCUGUCGAACCUGAGUGGGUAUUUUUUCUAAAGAAACUAUCGUUCGAGCUGCUCCUUCGUACCUUUUCAAAGUACUGUUGACCGAGCAUGUUCUGAUGUUAGCUGUUCCAGAUACACUGGCAUUCCCGGUCUGUUCUCUUGUGACACCUGGCACCUUGCAAAAUCUGCUAUUCUGUGACUUGGGGGAAAAAUAAGUUGCAAACUUCUUGUUUCAACAGGUAAUUAUUUGCAGCUCUAAAACCUAUGGGUAUCCGGUUGGAUGGUCCAUUAAUGGGACUAACUGAAAAACUUAAAUCUGUAUUUCUAUUUCUGUGCUAUAAUCACAUGUAAAAUAUAUCUGAAGAAAUAUUUCAAGAUUGUUACUCAUCUUUUUUGCUAUUAUCUUUAACUAAAAAUUAC